GGCACUGUCUGUGUGGAAAUAAAUUAGAAGGACCAGAACUAGAAGGAAAGAAUGAAAAUCACUUGGUUUGUGGUGGUGCUGUGUGUUGGACUGGCACUUUGCGAACCGGGAUUGAACAGAAGAUCUUCAAAUAGUGGGAAGGAAAAUAUGCCUAGAAGGAAACGAGCAGCAUUUGAAAAAGGAAAUUUUUGGCCAAACAACCAAAUACCGUACACAAUAAAAAGUGGAGAUUACAAUUCGGCUCAGACUAAGAUGCUAGAGGAGGGGAUGAAAGAUUGGGAGACCGUCUCGUGUGUACGGUUCGUCAAGAAAAAUAAAUCGCACAAGUACUGGCUCCAGUUUGUGAAAUCUGACAAGUGUGAAGCUUACUACGGAUCGAUCAAAGUCCCAAACCAAAAAGUGAAUCUUCGACCAUCAUGUUUUGACAAACUCACCGUGGCCCAUGUGUUGGGCCACAUUUUAGGAAUGAAACACGAACACAACCGCCCUGACAGGGACAACUUCGUCAAGAUCAACUGGGGCGAUAUAGAGGGGAUUUGGCUUGGUGAAUACAAGAAAGACACGUGGAAGGCCGUAACGUCUUUUGGCGUGCCGUAUGACUACAUGAGCAUAAUGCACCAUUCGGGGGACUUUUGGCGGAAGGAACUAGGUUGGUUCAGAAACCAAUGGAUCAAGCUGUAUCGAAUGUACACCAUUCAGAAAGACUUCCAAAAUAAAAUUGGGAAGAACUACAUAAGCUGGCUCGACAUAAAAAGCGUCAAUUUGGCAUACCCAUGCAAAAACUGUGCAAAGAAGUCCUGUCCAAAUGGCGGGGUUAUGGGUAAUACCUGCAAGUGCUGGUGCAAAGGAGAUCCCGUUAAGCAUUGUGACAACACAUCAAUCGCAGGCAUUGCUAAUCAAAUAAAAAACUGGAUACCACCGGAAUCUGGAUCUUGCUUCCCUGGUGACGGGCAGCUGAUCCUUGACAACGGCAAUCUGGUGGAUAUGAAGGACCUUAGAACUGGACAAAGAGUAUUAACAAUCCAAGCUGGUCGGCGUGUCUUCUCUGAAGUGAAAACCUUCAUAAAGCGGCACCCCCACCAGAAUACUACCUACCGAACACUGAUUACAGAACAGGGGAAUCACGUGACGAUGUCAGAUAACCAUCUGAUAUUUGCCUCGUUGACAAACACGUCUGCCAAAAUGGAAUCUAGAUUUGCGAUGUCUGUGAAACCAGGUGAUUACAUUUUCACAACAAAAUCCUGCAAACAAGAUCUGUGCCCAGAACGAGUAGUGCAAGUAUCGCUUAGCACAAAACAAGGUUUGUACGUUCCAGUCACUGAAGCUGGAACUCUUAUAGUGGACGGAAUAUUCGCGUCGUGUUACUCAUGCCUUCCACACCACCUCGAGCACUUCUUUCUGACACCUUUCCGCUGGUUUCCAUGGCUGCUGGAUCCAUGGAAACAAGAUGGCUACAGUCCUAUCAUAUCUGGUUUGGAAAAUAUAGCAGGGAGUUUUCUACCUAUGAGUUUUCCUCACAGUGUUAAAACUGCUUCCACCUCGUAAUUCUGAUGAAGCAGUAUUCUGCUAUCAGUGACAGCACAGUCAUCAGGCGCUGGUAGACGGAUGGGACACUGUCCCUCUAGUGAACAAUCAAUUUAAUUUGAUCUUCAAUGGAAAACCAUUGAAGCGGAAUAAGUAAAUAUCUGAGAAACUUGA